AUGGGGUGGUCCGCGGGGCUGUGGUGGCUCGUGGCGGCGGUGUCGGUGGCGGCGGCGGCGGCGGCGGCGGAGGGUGAGGUCGCGGCCGUCGCGGCGGCGCCGAGGCGGCACGCGUACGCGUCCAUGAUGUACAUGGGCACGCCACGGGACUACGAGUUCUACGUCGCCACGCGCGUCAUGAUGCGGUCCCUGCGCCGGCUCAGCGCCGACGCCGACCGCGUCGUGAUCGCGUCCCUCGACGUCCCGCCGCUCUGGGUCCAGGCGCUGAAAGAUGAUGGUGUAAAGGUGGUCUCUGUGGAGAAUUUGAAAAAUCCUUACGAGAAACAAGAAAAUUUCAACAUGCGAUUCAAGUUGACUUUAAACAAGCUGUAUGCAUGGAGCUUGCCCUCAAUGGACGUUUUUAAGAACAUGCUACAUGAGCUAGCGGUUGGACGUGAAAACCCAGAUGGUGCAGACCAAGGCUUCCUUGCUAGUUAUUUCCCAGACUUGCUUGAUCAGCCAAUGUUCCAUCCACCAGCUAAUGGUACAAAACUUCAGGGUACUUAUCGCCUCCCUCUAGGCUACCAGAUGGACGCGUCUUACUAUUGUGAGUGCUUGUACCAGUAUGAUUAUUCCACAUUCUCAAACAUUCUGUUGGUCCAGACUAACAGACUAGACUUUCAGAUCUGA